AUGUCAGAUAAAUCUAAUUCAAAACCAGAAUAUAAACCAGUAACGGUUGAAAAAGCAAUACCUAAUACUUAUGACUUAGGUAAUUUAGCUACAUUUGAUCCAAAUCCAAUGGAUAAUACACAAUUAACAAAUAAAAAUGAACAAGAAAAAGAACAAUAUAUAACAUCAAUAACUAGAGAUAAUGUGCAAUUAUUAAUAAAUCAAUUAUUAUCAUUACCUGUUAAAACUACAACAGAUAAUGUAGAUUCUACAUCAACAGGACAAUCAUCAUCUAUUACAUUACUAAGAUUACCAGAUUCAUUAACAAUUUUACCAAGAGAAAAAUCAUUACCAAAAGAAAAACCUUUAACAAAAUGGCAAGAAUUUGCCAAAAGAAAAGGUAUAAAAGCAAAAGAAAAAUCUGGAAAAUUAGUAUAUAAUGAAGAAACUGGAGAAUGGGUACCUAAAUGGGGUUAUAAAGGUAAAAAUAAAGAUUUAGAUCAACAAUGGUUGGUUGAAGUUGAUGAAAAAGUUAAAAAUACAGAAGAUGAAUUAAUUGAUCCAAGAACAUUAAAAAGAGCAGAAAGAAAGAAAUUAAUUAAAAAGAAUGAAUUACAACAUAAAAGAAAUUUAAAAAAUGCUGCAAAUGGUAUAAGUAAAUAA